CUGCAAUCACGAGUACCCGCACUUCUGAUAAUCUUAUCGGUAAUGUGUGCUCUUGCAAUUUUGGGAGAGGCUUCAUUGCAGUAGACGUGCGCGAUGUCCGAGAGCAGCUUGGAAAAGUGGCGAGUUUUUGACUCUUUGGGCGAUGACUUGAAGCAAAAUAUCCGGAUUGCCAUUGUUUUUGGAGCACGGGAUGACUCAAAAAAUGCAAUAUUCGUGACAAAAAGCGACGAGGUUUUCAGCUUAGGGACUAACAACAACGGAUGCCUUGGCACCGGGGACAUUCUUCCUCGCCCUGAACCAACACGGAUCGAAAUUUUGUGCGGACAGAAAAUAAAAUGUCUCCAGUUUGGCUGCAGCGGAAAUGAUGCGUCAAUUUUUGCGAUUUCCUCGUCAGGCGCGGUGUUCGCCUGGGGGGCGAAUACGUUUGGCCAACUCGGUCUGGGAUCGAAUGGCAAUGUGCUGCUUCCAACCAAGAUUUUAGGCCAACUGGAGCGCAAAAAGGUUGUGCAAGUUGCCUGCGGUCGUUGGCACACCCUGGCCCUCACGUCUAAAGGAGAGGUUUUUUCCUUCGGUUUCAAUAAAAACGGGGAAUUAGGCGUAGGGGACAGGCAACACAAAAAUGUUCCAACGAAGGUAGACGGCCUUCUGGCCGGCAGAUUCGUAACUUCAAUUGCGUGCCAGUAUGUUGGAUCCGUAGCCCUUGUUACUUCAGGAGAGGUGUUCGCUUGGGGAGGCAACCAAGAGUACAGUUUGGUCCCGGGCUAUGCAGCGCAAAACAAGAAUCUUCCUUGCAAAGUUUCUGGUUUAGAAGGCGUGCAAAUUUUGCACAUGGUGUGUGGACCCUAUCACGCUCUUGCUCUGUCGACCGAAGGAAAAAUUUACGCUUGGGGAGAUAACCAGUACGGCCAGCUUGGCAUUGGCACUGCUGAUAAGGCGGCCGCUCCGACGAUGAUUCCCAUUGCGAGCAGGAUGAAGGACGUAGCUGCCUCUCCUUAUCAUGAUCAACCUUGUGCCGCGAUGAGCGAAAAUAACGAAGUUUUCAUCUGGGGACGCAGCAAUGGGGAAAAUGUUAAGCUUCCAAAACUGUCUUCAUUCUCAUGCCUGGACGAGGUUUUUGCACCAGUUGCCACGUGCCGUCCUCUGAGACCGAAUUCAUCUCAAGACGAUAACGACGACUCGCUCGUCUCCUGCCUCAAACGGUUUUUCGAUGAUCCGGAUACUACCGACAUUGUGUUUGUUGUUGAGGGGAAGGAAAUCUACGUGCACAAACUGAUUUUAGUUAUGCGAUGCGAAUUCUUCAGGUCCAUGUUUCAGGGUCACUGGAAGGAAAGCAAUGAGAGGGAGCAAAUCAUUGAAGAGCACACCUACGACGCUUUUUAUGCCUUUUUGAAAUACUUCUACACGGAUGAAAUUCAAGAUUUGCAACCAGAAAUAGCUUUCGAGCUGCUUACUUUGGCUCAUUUCUACCAGAUGGCAGGCCUUCUAAAGAAAUGUGAGGAGUUGAUCAAAUCUGACGUGACGGUGGAAAAUGCCGCUUUGAUCUACGAUAUGGCGAUUCUCUACAAAUCAAAGGAGCUUGAGGAGUUCAGCUUUACCUUCUGCAUGAGUCACUUCACCGAGGUUAUCAAAACUGAUAAUUUCAACAAGCUCAAUGAUGACGUCUCGAAGAAAUUCCUUCUUCGCGCUGCUAAUCUUGGAGCGUUGGCGUUUAGUGCAUGUUAAGUGCUGCUCCACUAUUUUUCAGCGUUAUGUUAUUAAACAGAUUUCAAGUUGUACCAAGUCAAAGAAUAAAAUUCAA